AUGAUGCUCUACAAACUGGUCGUUCUCGGAGAUGGAGGUGUCGGCAAGACUGCAUUGACCAUCCAGGCAAGUACUCAACAACGUGAAAAUACGAACACAGGACGGGUUAAUCGAUAUGAGAAACUAGAUAGCACUGAGGAUGUACUCCUGGAGAACUACCACGGUACAUACGAUCCUACCAUUGAAGACUCUUACAGAAAGCAGGUCGUCAUUGAUGACCAGUCCUGCGUCUUGGAGGUCCUUGAUACUGCCGGUCAGGAAGAAUACACCGCUUUGAGAGACCAAUGGAUCCGCGAUGGAGAAGGAUUCCUGUUGGUGUACUCGAUCGCUGCCCGUUCAACAUUCGACAGGAUAAGACGAUUCCGUGACCAGAUUGUGCGAGUCAAGGAUUCGGAUAAUGUGCCAUUGAUGCUUGUCGGCAACAAGUGCGACAAGUUGGCCGAGCGCGAGGUCACCCGUGACGAAGGAGCGUUGAUGGCCAAGUCGUUGCGUUGCGAGUUUACGGAAACAUCAGCCAAGACCUGUGUCAAUGUCGAGCGGUCGUUUUAUAAUGUCGUCCGGAUGAUCCGUCAGGCCCGUGAUGGUGGGGCCCCCCAGCCUAGGCAACCUAAAAAGAAGGUCUGCGCUAUCCUGUAA